CCUGUACCGUUUGGUCUAUCCCCUAAUUCGGGUCAUAUCCGGUGGUGAAUGGGGUUCGGCCAUUCCCGGAUCAAAUUGGGGUAAGGUUACGGGUCGAAUAAAAUGGAAACUCUAGACCCCUCUCAAGGUUUUCCCAACAGUCCAAAUCCAAACUCCAAACACUAUCAGCAGCAGCAGCUCGGACACAGUGACGAAAAACGAAAAGUAAAGCCGAAAACCUUCCUUUCUCCAUUCUUCUCCAACAAUCCUUCGAUUCUCAGGUUCCAUUUCUCUUUCUCCCAAAAAUGUCGACGCUGACAAUGGACCCAAUUGACCUGGACGACAUCAACCUGUACGCCUCCGAUUUCAAUUCUUCCCUCCCCCUGAAGAAGGUCCCCAACGGCGACGUAUUCGAAGCCGCCCGCGCCGGCGACGUCGACCGCCUCCGCUACCACCUCGAGUCCGGCGGGGUCAACGUCAACGCCCGGGACCGGUGGGACUCUGUUGCCCUCUAUUAUGCCUGCCUCGCCGGCCACCUCGAGGCCGCCCGGAUGCUGCUGGAGAGCGGAGCUAUUUGCUCCGAGCACACCUUCGAUGGCGAUAGGUGUCAUUACGCCGCCCUGAAUUUGAAGGUCAGGAAACUCUUGAAGUCAUUCGAGGCUCGUCCGCCGCCUUUGGGUCCUCUGCCUUCUGCGCUGCGGGAUGUUUUUCUGAGUUGCGCCGCCAAUCGCGCGUAUUUGGAGCUCGUUGAGGGUAGCUUCCAAGUUGCAGGUGUUUCAUUUGGUGGUGCACCCAAUUCCAACCACUUCCCUCCUGAUGUGGUGUUUUUUGUGCAAGGUAGGCCUGUCGAGGCUCACAGAGUCGUACUAAGCGCUCGGUCCCCAUACUUCAAGAGGAAGUUUCAAACUGAUUGGAGGGACCGAGUGGAAGUAAGGUUCUCGAGGGAAAAGCUGUCUUACCCUGCUCUGUUCUGCCUCAUUCAGUUCUUCUAUUCAGACAGACUGGAAGUAGCUGUCGAAGACAUGGAAAGCCUUGUGAGAAUCUGUAAAGUAUGCAAAUGCGAGUCAUUACAGAGAGUUCUCGAGAAUGAACUCGUCCACCAGAAGUUUGCUGAGUACAAAGCACUGAGAGAUGUGGACGACUCUCAAAAGCGGUUUAUCUUACAAGGCCUUUCAUUACCUGAGGAGGACCGGCUUCCUGCUGCAUUGCAUAGGGUUCUUCAGACUUCACUGUCCAAGUCAACUUUGGAAGGAAGCCUUGAUAGGGUAGACUCUUCAUUUGGUGCAAAAGGGACAAGUGAUUGUGUCGAUGAUGAUCUGGCUGAUGUUUGUAUUAGAGUUGAUAAGAAGAUUUUCCGUUGCCAUCAAGUGGUUUUAGCAGCAAGGUCCGAGUAUUUUAGAGCAAGAUUGUCUCGUAUGAAAGACUUCGAUGAGGGGAAGAAUGGGAUGCCGGAGAAUGGUCUUCCGUGCCUUGAAGAACGUGAUUUGAGCAUGGAGGCAUUCGAGCAGAUGCUCGAGUACAUGUACGCUGAUGCUUUAACUGAUAUAGAUCCAGAUCAGGUUGAGGAAAUGUUCGAUGCUGCUUCUAGGUAUUUGUUAUUUCCUCUCAAGCGUGCUGUUGCAGAUGUAUUGCUGCCACAUCUCGAAACAGUCUCACCUGCUGAACUCUGCCAUUGGUUGAUACUGUCAGACAUGUAUGGCGUGCUGAAGAUUCGCGAGUAUUGCUUGGAUGUGAUCGCUUGUGAUUUCGAGACGUUUGCUGAUGCACGAGAGUUCCGAGCAAUGCUCUUAACCCUGCCGCCACCAUCUGGAGACUCGUCCCUACGGACAACUGCUCCAAGCGCUCCUGGAGCUGAUAUGAACACAGACCAAGCUAACCUCCUGGACGAUCUGCGAGAGAAAUGGCUGGAAGCUGAGGCUGCGGAGCUUGACAAGCGAGAUGAAAGUGCUCUGUUGUUCGACAAACGGUUGGAGAUUCUUCUGCUUGUUGCAGAGAAAGAACAUUCUGAUGGACCCAGCCUUGAUUGGAUAAAGAGAGAUCCAGAAAAUAAGGCUUGAUAUUUUCAGAUAUCCACACGCUUUUAUAUGAUGAAUUGUUCUUGUAUUAUGUCAAGUAACUAUUGACAGGUUGAAUAAUAUAGAAUGUUGGAUUUAUAUGUAUAAUAUGCCUCUCUACUUUACAUUUUUUCUUAUACAUGUCCCUUUAUUUUGAAUUACAUUAAUUCUAC